AUGCAAACCCCUCAAUACGGCGCCCUAGGCGCAGCCCUGCAACUUGCCCGCGUAUUCCAGAUGUGCUCCCUCAUCGCCAUAAUCGGCAUGACAGCCAACUUCAUCUCAGAGAUCGUGUCGAAUGACCUGACGCCCCCGGAUGUGUUGAUCGGGACAAUCAGCAUUGCCUGCACAGUAAUCAUAUACUGUAUCAUAACCUCGAUCCUCUACCUAGACGACAUUCUCCCGUUCCUAGCGACAGCAAUCAUGGACACACUGUGUCUGGUGGCCGUCAUUGUGGUGGCGGUGAUCGUGGGCAAGCCCCUGUCGUAUUUGAAAUGCAGCGAGAUCGGGAAUGAAGCCGCGGCAUCUUCCAAGACGAGUGCGUACGCGUUCACGAGGAAUCUGGAUAGCGUUGUUGAUCAGAUUUCGGGGAAGGUGGUGAAGUAUGUGAAUUGGAUUGGGAUGUCGCGGGCGGUUUGUCUGGAGACAAAGGCUAUUUGGGGGUUGACUAUUGCCUUGUGUAUCUUGUUCUUCUUUUCUGCCAUCUGCAGUAUAUGUCUGUGGAGGCAGAAGAAGAGGGCUGGGGCACAGAAGCUGGACGGUUGA